GAGGCAAGAGUCAGGAGGCGAAGGAGGAGGAGCAGGCGGAGACGCGGGAUAAAGGAGCGCUCGCUGCUCCCUCUCGCUCUCCGGCGGGGCUGAGGGAGGCAUCAUGGCCGCGAAGUCGGACGGGCGGCGGAAGAUGAAGAAGGGCGGCGAGGUGGCGUUCACGCCGCUGCAGAACUCCGAGCACUCGGGCUCCGUGCAGGCGCUGGCCCCGGGGCUGCCCACCGGCUCCGGGCCGGGCGGCGGCAGCGACGACGACGAGGCGCCCGGGGGCGGGUGCUGCAGCAGCGGCGGCAGCAGGGACGGCUCGGGCGGCGGCUCCCGGUGCUGCUGCUGCUGCGGCGGCGGCAGAGGAGGAGACGGCGGAGGGGGCGGCGGCGGGGGCUCCCGGGGCUCGGGCGGGGGCUCGUCCUCCUUGUGCUUGCGACUGGGCAGGGAGCAGCGGCGCUACUCGCUGUGGGACUGCCUCUGGAUCCUGGCCGCCCUGGCCGUGUACUUCGCGGACGUGGGCACCGACAUCUGGCUGGCGGUCGACUACUACCUGCGGGGCCAGCGCUGGUGGUUCGGGCUCACCCUAUUCUUCGUGCUGCUGGGCUCCCUCUCUGUGCAGGUCUUCAGCUUCCGCUGGUUCGCGCACGACUUCAGCACCGAAGACAGCGCCGCCGCCGCCGCCGCCGCCGGGCACUGCCCCGCCGCCGAGAGCAAGCUGCUGGUGAGCAGCAGCUCCGCGGCCGCGGACAUCGACGCCGCUCGCCCCAGCACGCCGCAGCGACAGGCGUCCACCGCCAGCAAGGGCAACGCCACCAACAGCAGCAGCAACAGCAGCAGCAACGCCGCCGGCAGCGGCGCCGCCGGUCCCCGCGCCAGCGGCGGCCGGUCCGCGUCCUGCGCCUUCUGCAUCUGGCUCCUGCAGUCGCUCGUCCACAUCCUGCAGCUGGGGCAGGUCUGGAGGUAUUUUCACACAAUGUACUUGGGUAUCCGGAGUCGACAGAGUGGAGAGAAUGACAGAUGGCGGUUUUAUUGGAAAAUGGUGUAUGAGUAUGCAGAUGUGAGUAUGCUGCAUUUGCUAGCCACGUUUCUGGAAAGUGCACCACAGCUGGUCCUGCAACUCUGUAUUGUUGUACAGACUCGUACACUCCAGGCUCUCCAAGGUCUUACUGCUGCAGCAUCUCUCGUAUCCCUGGCCUGGGCUUUGGCUUCCUACCAAAAGGCCCUCCGUGACUCCCGUGAUGACAAGAAACCCAUCAGUUAUAUGGCUGUUAUAAUCCAGUUUUGCUGGCAUUUCUUCACAAUUGCAGCAAGGGUCAUUACUUUUGCUCUGUUUGCCUCAGUUUUCCAGCUGUACUUUGGGAUCUUCAUCGUGUUGCAUUGGUGCAUCAUGACCUUCUGGAUCGUUCACUGCGAGACAGAGUUUUGCAUCACUAAGUGGGAGGAGAUAGUUUUCGACAUGGUUGUUGGGAUAAUCUAUAUCUUCAGCUGGUUCAAUGUCAAGGAAGGAAGGACACGCUGUAGGCUUUUCAUUUACUAUUUUGUCAUCCUUUUAGAAAACACUGCCUUGAGUGUUCUCUGGUAUCUGUACAAAGCCCCUCAAAUCUCUGACGCAUUUGCCAUACCAGCACUGUGUGUAGUGUUCAGCAGCUUUUUAACAGGCAUCGUUUUUAUGUUAAUGUACUAUGCCUUCUUUCACCCCAAUGGACCAAGGUUUGGGCAGUCGCCAAGCUGUGCUUGUGAGGACCCUGCCACUGCCUUCACCCUACCCCCAGAAGUGGCCACAAGCACGCUAAGGUCCAUCUCCAACAACCGGAGUGUCACAAGCGAGCGGGAUCAAAAAUUUGCAGAGAGGGAUGGGUGUGUGCCUGUGUUUCAGGUGAGACCCACCGCACCAUCCACACCUUCAUCCCGGCCACCAAGGAUUGAGGAGUCUGUCAUUAAAAUUGAUCUGUUCAGGAACAGGUACCCAGCAUGGGAGAGACAUGUGUUGGACAGGAGCCUGAGGAAGGCAAUCUUGGCAUUUGAAUGUUCCCCUGCUCCUCCACGGCUACAGUAUAAAGAUGAUGCCCUUAUCCAGGAGCGCUUGGAAUAUGAAACCACAUUGUAAACAAAGCAAAAACACGGCUUGAAGAAGCUCCAGUGUUACAGUCCAAAUUAAGGGUUGACAGUAGGGCUGUAGGAAUAACUAAACUAUGUACUACAAGUAGAGAAGCAAGCUAUAGUGUUCUUAGUCUGGCUAUCAUCAUGAUUAUCAUUUGAUCCACUGUGUGCAGUCUGUCUGCAGGACACUGAUACAGCAGCGUCAUCUGAAAUCCUAAAAAAACUUUGACCCACACAUACAGAUCAGUUACUUCAGCUGGGGAAACUCACCCACGACCCCUUGCUGCUAUGAAACUCUAACUGCACAGUACUUACAACCAAUCAAGAGCUUUCAACUUUAGCCAGUAGUGCAUUUUAUUUUAGAAAUUAAUGAUUGAUAUUUCCAUAAUCAAUGGCAAAAAUAAACAAAAACAUACCUUUUCAAAAAUAACAAAACUAGCACACAGUGUUGCUGUUAUGAAAAUUGUUUUCUGGGGAAAAAAAUAGGAACAUAAUAGUUUUCAACACUCCCAUAAAUCAACCAUUAAGGUUAGGUUAGGUAUGCAAAAUAGUUCUUAAUUAAAAAGAUACAUUAUCAUGUUUGUAAGGCUGUCAAAGGAAAGUAAACUAAAUUUUGAUUAAUUAGGUCAUAAAAAUUAAUACUACCAGAACUGUUUGUUUUCUGUAGAAUUUCAAAGUCUUUUUAAAAUAAAAUUUAACUUCUUGAUGUUACUUUCAGCAGAAAUCCUAUGCAGCUCACUUCUGCUUUUCAGAAGAAAUAAGGAGCUCUAACAUGUAGUGAUAUACAUUAAAUGAUAAUCAUGAUUCAGUGUUCAAUUUGCAAAAAAAAAAAAAAAAAAGUGAAAGAACAGGGAAGUAUAGUUUUCACAUUCUAAACUUUUUGGAGGACCCCAUUCAGACAUUUCAGAAGAAGCUACAAGGAGAUGAACACACUGAGACUUCUCUGUUUCAGGACUGAGAAUGCAUGAUUCAGUGUGUGAAUGUAUGCAGGGGUGACAAGAGACUGUGACAUGCCAUACCCUUCUAGUGCCAAACAUUGUAUAACUGCAAGGUUGAUAUUGCCUGAGGGACAGAUAACAAGUGGCACAAGCCCUACCAGAAAAAGAAGCAGGGAAGACCAAACAAGUUCUCAACAUGUAGAGACAGCUCUGAUUUUUCCCAACCCAAGGUGAAAGUGGUGUCUUUUAAAGGCUUUCAACCACCUCUUAGUAAGUAUAUUCACAGAAGUAUAAGAAAGUUAUGUGGAAGAGUCUCUUCUGCCUGUUCAAGACUUUUGUCCAGAUGCGUUUAAAAAUUACAUUGAAUCUCUUGUAAUAGAGUGCUUUGCUGCAAGCUUUUGGGUUUUAAAUACCUCCCUAAAUCUAGUCAAUGGUAUUAUCCUUCAUGUUAAAAGUAUCCCCUGAUGGUGCUUUCAAAUGCAUUAAAGGUGCAAGUCAAAAUUUGAUAGUAUUUUUUUUAAAUCUGGUGCAGAGUGAAAAACUCAUGGAUUAUUUCGAUAUUUUUGUAAACUAAAAAUAUGGUAUAAAAGGUUACUUUUUAUAAACCUCAAAUCUUUUAAUACAUUUCAUUCUCUUUAUAGCUUAGAUUUUAAGAAUUGGUCCAUGAAUUUUAUCAAAUGGCUUUUUCAGGUUGAUGUAAACCUGGUUUUCACACAUUAUGGAUUUGUUUUGCAGUGUAAUGCUAUAUGAAAGCCUACAUGGGUACUUUUAGAAUACCCUAUAAACUGUGGAUCCUGUUUCAAAUGUAAGUGGGUUGUAAAGACACCAAGUGAUUCCAUAAGAAAAAAUUUGCUAUAACUAUUUCCAUCCAUUUUAGGAGAGAGAAGCAGAACUGAAGAGUUGUUGUUGUAAAUGGCAUUGUCAGAAUGGAGAAGACCUGAUGAUUGGUAUUGUAAUCUUCACUGUCAGAUAUAUCCAGUGUAGUCACUGCUGUAUAUGCUGCUGGAUUAAUUUCAGUCUUUCCUAUUACGAAUAUUUGUACUAUGAAAUGGCCAAGGUUACACCGACUAUGUUUAUUUGUAUGCGUUCAAUUAGCCAUUUUUAAUGUUGACUUUUUUUAUUAGUGAAAUGUUCGAUACCUGUUGUUCUUUGCUGGGGCAAGUUCCUCAAAACAAAAAAAAAAAUCUGUGAAAGUGCAGGAAUCUGCAAGGCAGAGGGAACUUUACACAGAUCAGAAAACACCCAUGCUUCAAGGGUUUCUUAGGUAUUUUCAAAUUAAGCAGUAGCCAACUGCCUCUAUAAUAAUUUUUUAAAUAAAACAAUUUUUUGAUAGUCCAAACCUGAA